AUGGAUUCCAUGCGAAGUUUGAACACCUCCCUCCCGGGCGCCUCCGCAGCCGCCAAGCAGCCGACGCAAAAUGACUCCCCCGAGCAACUCCUCGACGCCUUCAAGGCCGCCGCGCUCUCCGUGACGAAACUCUACAAGACUUCCGCGGCCGCCCAAUCCAAGGCCCGCAUGGACGGCUACCAAGACUGCCUCGACGACAUGCUAUCGUUCCUCGACAAGGAGAGAAUUGGACUGGGCGACGGCGAUGGCUGGAGGAUCCGAAGCUGGGCGACCGAGAGGCUGGACGGUGCCAGAGAUACGGGCUCCCAGAACGCCGAAAGCGACGACGAGGCGGACAAGGCGGAAACCGCGGCCUCUCCGGAGCUGAACAGAACGAGCAGUGGCACACAACUCUCUUCACUGCGGGGGGAAAGCCACCUGAGGACGGACUCGGCGCCCCCUAGUAUCCCGCAACCUGUGGAAGAAGAGGAUGGACCCGAACCCAUACCAAUCACGGUGCCGACGGCAGACUCAUUCACUUUUCAAUCUUCUCACCCCUGGCCGCCUCAACCGCCUCAACAAGACGCCUACCUGAAUCUCGCAAAUCUGGAUCUCUCGGACUCUCGGGCACACGACUCAUCGUCAGCAAACACAAACCCCGCAACGCGCACAGCAAGACCAAGACACCCUGCCAACAACCCGCGUUCGGCAUCAAGACAAGGAAACAACCUGGGCCGCGGCGCAGGUUCGAAGCGGAAGAUCAACUUUGCAGAGAUAUUCGACCUCAGCAGUCUAGACAAGAACAUGUUUGGUGGCGGAUCAAAGCGUAGCAGGCACACAUAG